AUGUUUAUGUAUUUUUUACAAAAUAUUGAUGAAUUACCAAUAUUGCCACCGAAUAAAGAUUAUUCAAAUACAGAUGCUUCGGAAAGUACUAGAUUAUUGGAACCUAAUUUUCCAGUUAUAUAUAAAGUAGCAGUGACGCCAUCUUCGCCAACAAGUAAUAAAAUUUCAAGUAAUGAUAGUUACCAGGGAACAGCAGGAACUAGUCAAGGCUCAUCUAGAACCAGAUUAUUGGAUCCAACCUUAACUCCUGUCGAUCCACAUACUGGAAGUUCUAAAUUUUUGUAUGUGAAAGAAAAAUUCAGGAGACCUUCAUUCUUGUCUGACUUUGGAUGUAAAACACCUAGAGACAACAACAAAUCACCUAAUCAAAGAGUAGGAAACAUGAAAAAAGACCUUAACCUCAAUGUUUUUGCCGAGCAAAUUCUUCCGAGUGUGCCUCCAAACACACCUAGUCCCUCUGGGUGGCGUGAUCCCUCAAAUUUGGAAUUAUUUGAUCAUAAAAUUGAUGACAUACAAACAGACAGUAGCCUUUUCGAUAGUGACUUGUCUUCGCAAGUCACAACAAAAGCCUUACCUUCAGAGUCUGAUAAUACAUCCAUAACGAAAGCAUCUAUUGAAUCAUUAAUAAGAGCUGAUAAAAGUAAACCCAUGAUACCCACUGAUUGGUAUUUUGAUUCGAAUCACACUCUAAGUUCUGAUCAUUUAAAUAAUACUAAAUCAGCUCGAUCAGGUUUUUUAAAUAUGAAAACUGUAGGGUCUACAGCUUACAUGAAAUCUUUAUGGAAUAAUAAAAAUCAAAAAAAUGUUCAACAUCAUUGUUUUAUGUCAGAUAUUACAGAUGUGAGACAAAUGGAAAAUGCUCUAUUACAAUUAUUGGAAGACUUUCAUUCUGGAAAAUUAAGAGCUUUCGCAAAAGAUUGUAGCAUGGAGCAAAUGCAAGGAAUAAGAGAACAACAGGAACGUUUGGCAAGACUUCAUUUCGAUUUAGGUGCUCAACAUGACCUUUUUGCUCCUCUUAGUAACGAAGGCCUUCGUGCAAAUCAAGAAAAUAUGAAAAAAUUAAUGGGAAGUUUAGAGCAAUUGAGUUUAUCAAUUGAAAAACUACAGUUGUUUAGCAAAGACGUCGGACAAUAA